UUUAGCUUCUUAUUCAACACACAUAUUUCACAUUGAUCAUGCUGACUUUGACAUGUUCCGAUGUUUCCACUGGGACCGGCAGGGAGAUGGUUAAACCGGCAUUAUGACUGAAUUAGAAGUCUCUGAAGGGGGGGAUGAGCCCCCGCCCUACAUGAUCUUUGUGGUGGUCUUCCUCUUCUUCCUCACCGGACUGUUUGGCUUCCUUGUCUGCCACCUCCUGAAGAAGAAGGGCUACCGCUGCCGCACCGGAGAAUUGGAUGACGAAGAGGGGGAGGAGGAGAAGAUCGGCAUAAAUGCAGACGAAGAUGAUGAGGAGAACCAGGACACUGUGGAGCAGAUCCUCAAAUGCAUUAUUGAAAAUGAAGCUAACAUGGAAGCCUUCAAUGAGAUGUUUGGAAACCAGAAUGUGUGUGUGCGCCACGACCCCAGGCUGCGUAAGGAGUCCCUUGGUGGUGUUCCUCCCCAUCACCACACAGUCCACUCAGGCACCGGCCACAACUCCUGCCACCUGUGUGCUCAGGUCCGAUCUAAAAAGGGCCGGCGACAAAGCCGAACCCCCCGUAUUAAACAACGACCUGGAGAGCAGACUGUCUUCUCUGUUGGAAGGUUCAGGGUGAUACACACUGAUAAGAAGCUCCAUGGAGGCCCUAAUCCUUUGGGCAGUUCAGGGGACCAGCUGGACCAAUCCCAGGACAGCGAGGAGCGGAAGGAGGGUGUUUACAAUCUGAGAAGCAUGUUCGACGGCUCCAACGGGGUGGCUCCGAAUGUGGGGAAACGCAAGAAGAGUGUUAGCAUAUUCGGGCUGAGGCGUGGCAGCGACCCCAGCGGCAUUAAAGUCAGAGAGGGGACAGGCAGGGACACUGCAGCUGUAAGACUCGCUAUUCAGCAGCAACCUGUUGUUCUAGAGGAACUUCUGCCGGCAGAGAACAUUGAAGUCGCAUCUGAACGUGGUACUAAACCUGGUAUCAAACUUGAAGCGGAGAAUUUAAAGAAUGAAACGCCUGCUUCACCUCAACAUGAGAAUAAAACUUCAGCUUCUGCUAAUUCUCCCUCUUCCAAAGCUAAGGAUCAGUCCCCUGGCUCCAAGUCUGGUCCAGAGAAUGGCUCUAAACAUGAGCCUAGUCCUCAACCUCAUACGAGCCUGGGGAUCAAACCUUCCGUUGGGAUUACAUCAGCUUCUGCACCCACUUCUCUUGUCAUUCCAUCUUUUGGACAAGCAUCUAGGACCGAGGAUAAGGUGUCAAGAAAUGAAGAUGCAUUUGAUUCUGAGCCUCUACAGACCUCUACUCCAAUUGCCCCCAUGCAUGGAUCCAUUUCGGGUUUAACUCCUGUCCUUCUUACCGUUCGACCUGAACCCUGUUCUAGCACAGGUUUUACAGUUACCAAAACUCCCACGGACCCAAGCUCCAGCGCUGAUCUGGAAUCAGUAUUGAGUGCCAGCCAAGUUUUAAUAAGCUUAGGUUCAUCCUCUCCAUCUUCGUUCCCAAUCAAGACCCCCUCUUCAGACACUUCAUUAAAAACUCAUAUCUCACCCGUGGUCACAGCGAGCCCUAAACUAAGUUUAAGAAAUACUCCACCAGAGGCAACAAAAACAACUAUUUCCCCUGCCCUCACUCCCAGCCCCAAACUCCCAUCAGGCCGAGCGAUGACUAGCUUAUCACCUGUUCCAUCUUCAUCCUUUGGAAAAAGUGCUAGUCCAUUACAAGUCAGAACUCCCUCACCUGCCCUCACUCCCAGCCCCAAGCUCCCAUCAGGCCGAGUGAUGACUAACUUUUCACCUGUUCCAUCUUCAUCCUUUGGAAAAAGUGCUAGUCCAUUACAAGGCCGAACUCCCUCACCUGCUAUGAUUGUUAUCCCCAGACUUGACACCGUUCCAGUAUCCCCACAACACCCUUCUUCUACUCCAGCCGACGGAAACCGGUCCUUCAGAAAUUCACCGGGUCCAAAUUCAAAGUCAGGAAGUCUGACGUCCAUAACAUCGUUGACCAAACAGGAUAUGCUUUCUAUCCCAUUAUCUCCAAAGGAGCAAGUGCUGGAAGGAGCCAGAACCCCAACGACUGAAGAAAAGACAGAAUCACAGAGGGUGGGGAUUCUCAAAACGGCUAAACUCUCGCCAGUCGAGGGCGAUUCUCCAGGUUCUGCCCUUUGCUCUCCACCUGAUCAGCUUUCUAAAGACAGACUGAGCAGUUUGCCUCUGUCCCCUAGCACAACUCUGUCCCCCUCCUCACCUGUAGGGGGCAGAAUAAGUAGUGUGACCGUUGUUAAAGCCAGCCCUGACAGCAGCCGAGAGUUUUCUGUAGAAUCCUCUUCCUUAAUAAAAGACCAGAAAGGAGAGAAUUCUGAAAUAAGGAUUGAAUCAGAAAGAGCAAUAAUUAGUCUUGCCUAUGGUCAGGGGGGAAAUGUCUUUGUUUCAGGUGUUGGUCAACCUGAAAGUCAAAGUAGAGAGACCCCUGUAGCAGAGGUUAGGCCAACGGUGGUCCAAGAGAAAGAAGAUAUGGUGGAGAUGGAAGAUAUUAGGGACUGCAAAGUAUCGCAGGAGGAAGAAGCACUAUAAAGACGGAAUGUAGGAAUAAGACAACUGCUUAACUGACUAAUGUAUAAUCAUCAGAUACUCUUCCACUGCUACAUUUAAAGGAUGUGUUAGCCUUUCCACCCCAAACCACAUAUACUUAAUGUCAUAACCAUUUGGGUAACACUUUUUUUAUGGGGUUGGAUUGACACCUAAACAUAAAGGAGUCCUUUUGUCGACUAUGUUAUUUUUUUAUUCAAAGUUGCCAUUGUUUGAGAUGUCUUUGUUGACAACUUCACAUCACCCAGGAGAACAUCACCAUAAACCUGUCAUACCAAAAUUGAACUAAGGGCUUUAUGUUUUAAUUAAAUCACAAUGCUAUAUGG